AUGUCCCCUGAGUCGGCUGCAACGGCCAGUGAGAGCAGCCCCGCCGCCGCCGGCACCGUCCCCGAAGAGGAGCCGGACAGCCCCCGAGAGGAGCAACGGGCCCAGAAACAGUCCCUGUCAAAGUCCCUGUGUCAGGAGACCCACUGGAAAUGCCUGCUUCUCUCGCUGCUGAUGUACGGCUGCGUCGGGGUGAUGGCCUGGUGCCAGGUGACCCAGGUCACACGCCUCUCCUUCGACAGCGCCUACAAGGGGAAGUCCAUGAUGUAUCACGACAGUCCCUGCUCCAACGGCUACAUCUACAUCCCCCUGGCCUUCUUGGUCAUGCUCUACGUGGUCUACCUGGUGGAGUGCUGGCACUGCCACACCAGGAAUGAGCUGCAGUACAAGGUGGACGUGGACAACGUGACCGAGCGCGUCCAGCGGAUGCAGCAAGCUACACCCUGCAUCUGGUGGAAGGCCAUCAGCUAUCACUAUAUCAGGAGAACACGACAGGUGACGCGCUACCGCAACGGAGACGCCUACACCACCACACAGGUGUACCACGAGCGGGUCAACACCCACGUGGCCGAGGCGGAGUUUGACUACGGGAACUGCGGAGUGAAGGACAUCUCGAAGAACCUGCUGGACCUGGACAGCUUCCCCAUCACCAGGCUGAGGUUCACAAAGUGCUUUAGCUUCGCCAGCGUGGAGUCAGAGAACACUUAUCUGACCCAGCGCGCCAGGUUCUUCACAGAGAACGAGGGUCUGGACGAUUACAUGGAGGCCCGUGAGGGAAUGCAUCUGAAGAAUGUAGACUUUAAAGAGUAUAUGAUUGCCUUUUCUGACCCCAGUCACCUGACCUGGUACACAGCUAACUCAACGUUUUGGGUGGCAGCUGCUUUCACCCUCUCCUGGCCUCUGCGGGUGCUGACAGAGUUCCGCACUGCCUGUGCACACUACCAUGUGGAGAAGCUGUUCGGAUUUGACUUUGUGCCAACAACACCCUCUGAGGAGCGGCCAUAUUGCCCACACAUCCCACGAGUCAACACAAUCGACAGCACAGAACUGGAGUGGCACAUCCGCUCCAACCAGCAGCUGGUGCCCAGCUACUCGGAGGCCGUUCUCAUGGACCUGUCCCAGCUCUCGGGGAGCUGCAACAGCUACUCCGUCUGUGGAGGCUACGGCGGCUACAGGCAGAACUGUGAACGCUGCCAUCGCACCAUCAGCAGCUCCUCCAUCUUCUCUCGCAGCGCCCUCAGCAUUUGCAACACGGGGAGCCCCCGCAUCCCCUUCAGUGCCAGCCGCUUCUCACUGAGCCGCCUGUACGGCUCCCGGCGGAGCUGCCUGUGGAGGAGUAGUGGGAGCCUGAAUGAGCAGUCGUGCCCCACAGAGAGCACCCGCUGUCUGUCAGGUCAGCAGACCAGCGAGGAGAACCCUCCAGCCUAUCAGGAUGCUCUGUUCUUCCCAGUGCUCAUUGUGCAUCGCAACGAAGGCUGCCUCAACCAUGACCACCACUCCCUGCACAGGAACGGCUCCUGUGUAGAGACUUCGCUAUGA